GUCAGUCUGCUGGUGGUCGUAGUGCUUUAGAGUGUCGUCAUUAGCUGUUUGUACAUCGUGUCGUUCGGUUUGUUUAGUCGUAGAGCUCCGGGUGGUGUUGUGAAGUUGCUUGCUAGUACACUUAGGUAAAGCUUGGAGAGGUGCCCCCCUAGGAGCGGCCCAACUAGGGUGUGGUGCGUGUUGAAUUAGUACUAGUUUUACCUUUUAGUGACACUGAUUUGCAGAAUAAGAAAGUUUUUGCCGCGAACAGGAUUGAUUUUGUGUGUGGAAAAUAAUUAGGAAGUGAAGUGAAAAUGAAUUUUUCAAAAAAUAACAUGUACGCGUUGGCAAGUGUGCUGCUGCCACUUGUUUGCUUCGCCCAAAGAACACCGUCUAUUUCGUACAUUACGCAGGAACAGAUUAAGGAUAUCGGUGGUACCGUAGAGUUGGAGUGCUCCGUGCAGUAUGCCAAAGAAUAUUCCGUUCACUGGAUCAAGACUGGUCGCGAUCGGUCAGAUGUGGUUUUCCUAUCGACAGGCAGUGCCCUAGUUCUGAAGGAUUCCCGUUUCGCAUUACGAUACGAUCCUUCAUCGUCCAGCUAUAUACUGCAAAUUAAGGACAUACAGGAGACAGACGCCGGCACCUACCAGUGCCAGGUAGUCUUGUCUGUGACCAACAAAAUUACGGCUGACGUCGAGCUGCAGGUCCGGCGACCGCCGAUCAUUUCUGACAACUCCACCCAGUCGCUGGUUGCCUCGGAAGGUCAAUCGGUGCAAAUGGACUGCUACGCAUCUGGUUAUCCGCCACCACAGAUUACCUGGCGUCGGGAGAACAACGCUAUCUUGCCAACAGGUGGUGCAAUCUACACCGGAAACGUACUGAAGAUCAACUCCGUCCAGAAGGAGGACCGCGGUACUUACUACUGUGUGGCCGACAAUGGCGUCAGCAAGGGCGAUCGGCGUAACAUUAAUCUGGAGGUGGAAUUUGCACCGGUAAUCACCGUCCCGAGACCCCGGCUCAGUCAGGCCCUGCAGUACGACAUGGACUUGGAAUGCCACGUGGAAGCUUACCCGUCGCCGGCGAUCGUCUGGGUCAAGGACGAUGUGCAGCUGUCUAACAAUCAGCACUACUCCAUCUCACUGUUCGCCACGGCAGACGAAUUCACCGAUACAACCCUGCGUGUCAUUACGAUUGAGAAGCGACAGUACGGUGACUACUACUGCCGGGCAAUCAACAAGCUUGGCCAAGCGGAAGCAAGAGUGGAACUGUUCGAAUCCGUCAUUCCGGUGUGUCCGCCGGCGUGCGGCCAAACGUACUAUGGGGGCGAUGCUAGCGCGAUAACCGCCUCGAGCUUCCUGCUGCUAAUCACGCUGCUAGCGGCGAUAUUCUAGACCGGCUAUCACCCCCUUCGUGAUGUGUCCUUUUGCGAUAAAAUAAAAUUUGGCCACGCCCCUUACACGAAUCACAACGACAAAACAAGCUAGUAGGGUAACAAAAAGGAAAAAAAAUACAAGUAAAACACAAAAUGUACCUUAGGGUCAAAUUCUUAUCAGAAUACGAGUAGGUCCUUUCCUGCCAUGUGUGCUUGCGUAAUGGAACAAUUUAUUCGAAAGCAAUGUCUAGAUUAAAUUAUUUGACGGAGCGGGAUUAGAUCCCUUCGGGCAGGGUUUCAAACAAAGGUACAUUCCAACAAUCGACGCAAAAGGGCGAAGUAAAUAAGUUGUAUUUUGUCAGAAGAAUGUAACAUACAGAACAUUAGCGUAAAGCUAGCGAGGUUAUACAGAAGAUUUGAACGGGGAGACGAAUCUCUAAGCUAUUAGAAUAUAGGACAAAAUCAAAUAAGGUUAGCGAAGCAAAACGUCAUUAUAAUUUAAUGAAUCGAAAUCGUGAUUUUUAAUCAUGACUAAGUAUUGAAUCUCUGGAGUAUAAGAAUCUAGUGCCGUCCAAAAGCGAUCAUGUCCCUCCCUCGACGAUUGAUGAGACUACUGAAUACAUAUCUCCGCGUGAAUUGGUGAGAUUGAACUCUCAACAGUUUGCCGGGUUAGCAUUUGAGGUCUUGCAGAAUACACACUAUGUAAAACCACAUUCCAUAACAGUAAAAAGAUCGAGACAGAUAGAAUAAAAGUUUUAUAAACAAAA